CAGAAUAUAAAGCAAGCCAGAGCAGACGACCCACUGGCCGAGUUUUCAUUUUUUCCGCGUCAGCGGCUGCAAGUUUCCGAAAAAUUUUCAUUUCAAGAGUUAUCAACGAAGGAGUGUGCUCGGUUAUGCCUGCAAGUUACGAAGCAACUUAUCUUCAAUUGUAGCUCAUUUGAGUAUGAGGUAACUGCAAAUGAUUGUUUUCUGAUGGGUUCAUUCUGCCUACAUCACCAAUUAAUUUACGAUGGAUUGAGAGACUAUUACGAAUUGAAAGGUAAGUGUAAAGUGACCGGUUGCGUAUUAUAAUCGGAUUUUGAAGCUCUUGGGGAUCACCUAUAUCAGAAACAUCAAGUUAUCAUCAAGAGCGGACUGGGAAUCACAUUAAAUUGCGUUUAAAAGCCACUGAUCAUUAGGGUGCGAGACCAGGGGUUUACUCCCUCAUACAGCCACUGAUAAUUUCAUAGAGGCCAGAUCUGAAAACAGGUGUGAAAAUGAAUUUUUUUGGUCUGAAAAAGGGUCAGGAUUUGGAGGACCGGGCGGCACAUGUGUACGCACACCAAGAAUUUCCAGGGGAACCCGGGGGGAUGCAAGAACAAGCGCAAACGGUUCAACGCAUGCAAGAACGAAUUACCAUGCAAGAACGAAUUUGUUGAGUUGCACGUACGAUAUAUACAUAAUCACGUAAUCCAUACUAGUCGGUCAUUAAAUUAAAUUUGACACCAAACUUCACGAGUAGUAUCAAAACUGUAUUUCCGCCUAUAUGACUGCCCAGAUCUACCUUUUUUGUCUUCGUGAAAAUAUUAAUGUUUAAGACUGACAUGAAAUGCUCGAUAUACCAGAAUUUGCAAUCAAUGCAAAGCUCUCAGAUAGUAAGGGAGUCGCGAACAGAAGGUCUAACGAAAGUAGCACGGGAGUGAUCUGGGGAUAGGAUUCGGUGGCAGGAAAAGAGCCUCGAAGCUCCUUUCCCAGGCCCCCGCUGGUUUUUUGCACUAGUUUUCGUGUUUCAGACGAUCUUGGAGCCAGAAACAGACUAUAAUCAAGAUUUUUGAAACCGUAAAAUGUAAAUAUCAUGUUUAUGUCUCUCUUACUUUCCAGCUCCUAAUGGAACAACAUCUUGUAAUAUUCGUCCCUCUUCCUCAUCACUGUUGACUACCAACUAUCUCAAAAAGACAACAAAGAUUCACACCACACCUGCAGUCAGCUCAGUCCUUAUGACUAAACCUUUAUCAGGUUUGAAUUGCAUUUUUUGUUUACCCUUACUAGAGGAGGGGGCAUUAGGAUUUACGGUAUUGCGGUAUUGAGCUUUUUUAAUUUUCAAGCGAUAUUUCGGUAAUUUGUAUUUUAAUGUGCGGUAUUGAGGUACAUCUAGCCCUGCGGUGUGCGGUUUUUUAUCGUUUUGGGUGAUGGUGUUAGUUAAAAGGAGAUCCUCUACGUUAAUCGGGUACCGUCCAUUUGUGCUCUCCUGUAUAAUACUGGUCAAAACAAUAUACAACACAAAGCACGGUCAACUAAACAGGUUAAUGAAAGUUAAUUUUUUAAGUCUUUGGACACAACUGGUAAAUGAGUGCUCAAUUUUCUGACAGUAAAUCUCCAAUGAAAUCGAAAUCGCAACCAAUGACCGAACUUUUUGAUCGUUGUACCGAUGAAUUCGAGGUCUUCUCACGUUUGCUUCAACGGCCUAGAAAACGGGCGGAUGGUGUACAUAGGGUUUAUCUUGGAAUUUAAACUCUGAGGUUUGUCUGCUAGAGUCACGUGGCCGAGUCACUUUGGUUCUACCAUGGUCGUUCUCUCCGCCCGCCCAUGUGCAUAAAAAUGCCUGGGCAAGAAAGUAACUGAUGACUUCCCUCAAAUUGAACGAUAUCUUUAUUAUCCUUCUAUUUUCCUUGGCAUUUAUUUCAUCUUCAAGAACAAAUCAAACGGGAUCUUUAUUCAGCUCUAUCACAGCAAGUACAGCGAAUAAUUCUGCAUCAGGUUUGCAAGCGGUGGUUAACAUUUGUGUACCGUAUUUAGUAAUGUUCAACAUUUAAAUAUGCACUUCUAUGUUUUACCCAACCAACAGGGAACAAUCAAACUUCACGUACAGUGAGCAUAAUCAGAACAAACUCCUCAGCAAAAGGUUCGUGUGAACGUAUUUAAGAGUGUGCUAUUUUUGUUUUGAACAUUUUACGUGUUGUUUACUAAAUAUUUUGCUUCAUGUGCAGCACCUCAACAACAGUUCCUCGUACCUCGAACGAGUUUAGUGCUCCUGAAAUUCGUGUUUUAAAAAUGUUCUUCCUGCUUUCAGCACAGAUUAUCCAGCCGACAGAAAUCCUUACCAAUGUAUCUAUUGUCGAUCUACAGACAACGGUAAAAAUGUCAGGUUAG